CAGGUCCUGGUCAACGAUAAGAAGUUUGCCUGCGAGUCGUGCAUCAAGGGCCACCGCUCGUCUGGCUGCCAGCAUACCGAGCGGCCGCUCUUCGAGGUGAAGAAGAAGGGCCGGCCAGUGUCGCAAUGCACCAACUGCCGCGAGCUGCGGAAAACGAAGCGGAUGCACAAUAAGUGUAAUUGCGCC